CAUGAACGCAUCGUCGGGUCCGUACAGCGGACAUCUACUGUACAGUUGGGGCCGACUGACUACGGCGACACACACACAGAGGGGCUUUGUCGAUGUCUUAAUUUCAACGUUGGCGCCAGCAUUUCUCAUUUGCUUGCCAUAACACCGCCUGUAAAGGACUAACGGUCAUCAUGGCAGAAGCCCACCAGGCUGUGGCCUUCCAGUUCACAGUCACCCCAGAGGGCAUUGAUCUGCAGUUGUCCCAUCAGGCCCUCACCGAGAUCUACCGCUCUGGCCUUCGCUCUUGGAAGAAGCGCAUCAUUAGGCUUAAGAACAGUGUGAUAACAGGAGUGUAUCCUGCCAGCCCGUCCUCCUGGCUCUUUGUCGUCAUAGCAAUCCUGGCCACCAUGUACACCCGCUCCGACCCCUCCAUGGGACUUAUAGCCAAGAUACAAGAGCACCUGCCUGUCAGCCAGUCUAUGAGCACCCAGUGUCAGGCGGUGGUGUCAGCAGUGCUCUUCAGCACCUUAUUGUGGCUCCUGCUCAUCUUCACCAUGCGUCUGUGCCUCAAGCAGCUUCUCUCCUACCACCGCUGGAUUUUCGAGCAGCACGGCAAGAUGUCCAACACCACCAAAGUCUGGGUGGCACUGGUGCGUAUCUUCUCUGGCCGAAAGCCAUUGCUCUACAGCUACCAGGGCUCACUGCCAAACCUGCCUUUGCCGGCCAUCAAGGACACGCUCAAAAGGUAUUUGGAGUCAGUGCGUCCGCUCAUGGAUGACGCCGAAUAUGAACGGAUGACUAAUCUGGCUGGCGAGUUUGAGAGCCGCCUGGGCAAUCGCCUACAGUGGUACCUCAAACUGAAAUCUCUGUGGGCUGCCAACUAUGUUAGCGACUGGUGGGAGGAAUAUGUCUACUUGCGAGGAAGGAGCCCUAUAAUGGUCAACAGUAACUACUAUGGCAUGGACUUCCUGUAUGUAACUCCGACACCCAUCCAGGCAGCCCGUGCCGGCAACACCAUCCACGCAUUCUUUCUAUACCGCCGCAAACUCAACAGAGAAGAACUCAAACCUAGUCGUAUACCCGGCACUGUCAUUCCUCUGUGUGCGGCUCAGUGUGAGAGGAUGUUCAACACCACACGCACUCCUGGAGAGGAGACGGACACUGUGCAGCACUGGCAGGACAGCGACUACGUGGCCGUCUACCACAGAGGACGCUACUUUCGGCUCAGGGUGUACCAGGCUGGCAGACUCCUGUCUCCCAGGGAGAUUGAAUUCCAGAUUCAGAGGAUUCUCGAUGACCCUUCGUCUCCCUGCGCGGGAGAAGAAAAACUUGGCGCUCUCACUGCUGGCGAAAGAGUUCCAUGGGCUCAAGCCAGGAGCAAGUACUUCAGCAGCGGAAUCAACAAGCGCUCACUGGACUGUAUCGAGAAAGCCGCCUUCUUCGUGACCUUAGAUGACGACGAGCAGGGCAUGAUGGGAGAUGACCCAUUGGCGAGUCUAGACCGCUAUGCUAAGUGCUUGUUGCACGGAAAGUGUUACGACAGGUGGUUUGAUAAGUCUUUCACGGUGGUCUACUUCAAGAACGGUAAGAACGGCAUCAACGCGGAGCAUUCGUGGGCCGACGCGCCAGUGAUAGCGCACCUGUGGGAGUACGUCCUGGCCACCGACUGUUUCCAGCUGGGUUACAAUGGAGAGGGGCACUGCAAAGGAGACGUGGAUCCAUCGCUUGCAGGACCUCAGAAGCUCAACUGGGAAAUCCCUCCGGAGUGCGAGGAGCAGAUCUCUCGUUCCCUGGCGGUGGCCCAAGCCCUAGCUGACAACAUAGACUUCCAUGUGUUAUCCUUCCGAGACUUCGGCAAGGGAAAGAUCAAGAAGUGCAGAGUCAGUCCAGAUGCGUUCAUCCAGGUGGCUCUUCAGUUGGCCUACUUUCGGAAUCGGAAGACAUUUUGCCUGACUUAUGAGGCCUCCAUGACCCGUCUGUUCAGGGAGGGCAGGACGGAGACUGUUCGCUCCUGCACCAAUGAGAGUAGUGCCUUUGUCAGAGCGCUAGUGGGCGGAGAGCCAUUGGAAGUGUGCAGGCGUCUGUUCCGCACUGCUUCAGAAAAGCACCAACAUCUAUACCGCAUGGCAAUGACCGGCGCUGGCAUCGACAGACACCUCUUUUGCCUCUAUGUUGUGUCCCAGUACCUGGGAGUGGAGUCACCUUUCCUAAAAGAGGUUCUGUCAGAACCAUGGAGGCUGUCCACCAGUCAGACAUCCGUCCAGCAGGUGGAGCUGUUUGACCUAGUGAACCAUCCGGAGUACAUUUCCUGUGGAGGAGGCUUUGGUCCGGUGGCAGAUGACGGUUAUGGAGUGUCCUACUACAUUUUGGGAGAGAGCCUGAUCAACUUUCACAUCUCCUGCAAGCACUCAUGCCCUGACACUGAUGCCCAUAAGUUUGGUGCUCACAUCACAAAAGCCUUGCACGAUCUUCUGGAGCUGAUGAGUCCCCCCGGCCAGAGAGAGCCCAGCAAAACUGAGGAGAGUCGGCCUGAGGUCAAGAAAAACCUUUAGAGAAAGAGGAUGCUGAAGUGGACGUGUUUUACUCGAGUUACUGAUGGAGGGACACCCGGACAUGUUCUCAGGUUGUUGUUGAAAAAGAGACAACUCAGUGGGGUCACGAGUGAGAUGAUGUUUUUAUUACAUCCGUAUUUAUCUGGUGUCCAUGGAAGUGCACAGAAUAAAUGUGUCAUUUCAGUGGGGGAUGAACCAUUUCCUGUUAUUUUAAGUUAGUACUUGCUUCAGCGGUUGUUUUGUACUGGGGCAUGUUCAUGUUUUGAUACCAGUGAAUGCUUGAACUAUUUGUGCUUCUCUCUGCCUAGAAAUGGUGCCAAUGUGUUGUAUCGGUGAUGGCGGCAAGCACACACAACAUUCCUUCAAUUUAGGACAUUUUGCUUUUUACUACACUCAAAUGUGGCUGUUUUAUUUUGAAUUUUUUUGGUUUGUCGGGCAUUGUAUAGCAAUCCUUUUCACCCAGGUAUGAAUAUUUUUUUUAGAUAUAUGUGUGUAUAUAUAUACACAUACAUACAGUGGUGUCAAAUGACAACACAAGUGAGCACACCAACUUACAUGGCCUGUGUGAAAAAGUGAUUGACCCCUAAACCUAAUAAGUGCUUAAUAACUGCAAUCAAACGUUUGUGAUAACUUGCAAUGAGUCUCUUACAGUGCUUCAGAAGAAGUUUGGCCCACUCAUCUUUGCACAAUGGUCCUAAUUCACCCACGUUGGAGGCUUUUCCAGCACCAACCGCCUUUUUAAGGUUUCAUGCCACAGCAUCUUAUUAGGAUUUAGGUCAGGACUUUUUCUAGGCCGAAGUCAGCCGUUCAGAGGUGGGCUUGCUUGGUGUCUUUUGCAUCAUUGUACUGCUGCAGAACCCACGUUUGUUUUUAUUGUUGUUUUUUUUAUUCAUUGGAGUCUCAAAGCUUUAGAAGUGGCUUUCUAACCUUUUCACACCACUGUUUAUGUAUGUGUGUAUAUACAUAAUAUAUAUAUUGGGGAUGUGGCCCAAUAUCAGCAUAAAAAUGUGAUAUCGAUUGACAUUUUUUUCCUGAUCAUGAAAACUGAUAUUAAGUUUUUAACAGUUCAUUCCACCACAGGAGAUAUGACAUGUGACACACAUUGGUAUCAGGAAUGAAGAGUUUGACCAUAUCGGUUUUCAAAAAUGGCAAUAUCGGGCAUCCCUAAUAUAUAUAUAUAUUUAUAUAACACCAAAACAACGCAAUGUAUAUUUUUCAAUGUGCAGGUAAAACGGGUCAACGUUAUGUUUUCAUCACAGACCCGCUGGGUUUGUUGCUAU